AUGUCCAGGCUUGUUGACUACUUUGUAAUUGUGGGCUUCGACCACGAAAAAGAAAGGGGCGGUUUGAGUAAUGGCGUUAUCCUUCAACGAUUUCCUGAGACUAAUUGGGACGACACCCCCUUCCACGAAGGGAUUGAAUGGUUCUGUCAACCACAAGGAUGGGCGCUAUCGACGGAGCGCUCGGAGCCGCGCUUCUACGUGUCGGUUCUGACCGACGUGGACGCCAACCGGCACUACUGCGCCUGUCUAUGCUUCAACGAGACCGUCGCUAUCACGCCCACGAAGCCCGCCGACGAGGACGAGGAAUCUCUGGACUCAACGCGGCCGGUCGCCAACAUUACCCACCAUAGCAUCAUGUACGCGCCCAAGUGCCUCGUUAUCGUCUCGAGGCAGGACUACAUUGACACCUUUCGCAACUGUCUGGGCAUAAUCUACACGGUGUGGGUGGAGAACCUGGGCGUGCCGCUGGAAACGCUGGUGGGCAACCUGGUGGGGUGCGUGCUGGUGCCGCCGGCGGGCGGGCCGCAGGUGCGGUUCAGCAUCGGCGCGGGCGACCGCCAGGCGCUGCAGCCACCCGCCGCGCCCCCCAUGCCGGUCACGCACACCGCCGUACAUAUGCUGCUACGACUGCUCGGUAUCCAUAACUCAGUGACCCUCUGGUGUGCGGUGAUGAGCGAGCACAAGGUUCUACUGGUGUCUCUUGCUGCUGCCCGCCUGUCAGCCGCAUGUCGUGCUCUGGCGGCCCUAAUGUUCCCAUUUCGUUAUGCGCACGUGUACAUCCCGCUCUUGCCCGCCGGCUUGGCCGAGGUGCUGGCAACGCCAACCCCGUUUCUCAUCGGCGUGCAUUCCAGUCUCAAGGAGGAGGUGUCUGAACUGCUUGACGUGAUCGUGGCGGACCUGGACGUGGGGUCGCUGCACAUCCCGGGCAGCGUGAACAUCCCGCAGCCGUCGGGCCGGCUGCUGGCAGGCCUGCAGCGCGCGCUGGCGCUCGUGCUGCAGCCGGAGCUGCGCUCGGCGGACUCUGCCUUCGCGCCGCCGCCGCCCGCCGCCUCGCCACCGCACCUGCUUGACAAGGAGAUCCGCGCCGCCUUCAUGCGCACCCUCGCCAACCUCCUGCAGGGCUACAGGCAUUGUCUCACAAUCAUCCGCAUCCACCCAUCUCCGGUGCUGACAUUUCACAAGGCGGGCUUCCUGGGCAGUAGGGGACUCUCCACAUGUCCCUUCGCAGUUCGCUUGCUCGAUUCCAUGUUUUUUAACGGCCUCGUCGCCGAAAGAGGACCGCCUUGGCGACCCACCGAUAUAUUUGACGAACUAAUUCAGAAUCUGCCAGAACAACUGAGGCUAGAAUCGGUGAACCCGGACUUUGAACUACAGCACAUACAGGACCUGGCUAUGCAGUUACAUCUGAAUGAAAAUCCCAAUCCGCAGGUAUAUGAUAAUUCGACGUACCAGCAGCGCGUGCUUCGGCCGCCAGUGGGUGCCGAGGCGCGCAUCCACCAGCCGCCGCUUCCGACGCUCGAUGCGGCGCGCGUGCGUGACGUCAUCCGCGACCUGGCGCAGCGCAACACCGCCAACCCCAAGCUAACAGCACUUCGGCCGCCACAAGCUCGCAUCGUACCGCCCGCAGCUCCGCCAACGGGUGGAGAAGAACCUGGACAACUGCUACUUACAAACUCGGCACGACGGCUAGAAGUGCUGCGGGCGUGCGUGGCGGCGAUAUUCGAGUGUCGGUACGCUGACGCGCGUAAGUCGUUCCCCGCCGUGUUGCGCGCGCUGCGUGCGCCGGCCGCGCGCGCCGCGCUCGUUCGCGACCUGGCUGCGCGCCUGCCCACCAACAAGCACCUGCUGCAGCACCACCAGUUCGAGCUGCUCGUCAGGCUAAUGAAUUGUGCGCUACAAUCGGCGACAGCGCUGGAUGAGCACUCGGUAGCAGCCGCCAUGCUGCCGCUGGCCACAGCUUAUUGCAGGAAGUUGUGCACAGGCGUUAUACAAUAUGCCUAUAUGUGCAUACAGGAGCAUCAAGUAUGGACAAGUCAGCAAUUCUGGGAGGCUGCCUUUUACCAAGAUGUACAGAGGGAUAUUAAGGCUUUGUAUUUGCCAAGCCCAACACAUCACCAGAGGGUACCAAGCCCGAGGUUAGAAAGGGAAGAUGAGGAAUACAUAUCAUUGUUAAAGGCACAGGAGCCCAGCGCGUUGGAAAUAGCUGCCGAGCAGAUGCGGUUGUGGCCCACGCUGCCGCCAGAGAAACAGCGGGAGCUCAUAGCUAGCGAAGAAUCGACCCUUUACAGCCAAGCUAUUCAUUACGCAAAUCGAAUGGUGUACCUAUUAUUGCCACUAGAGGGCGCCGGAAGGAGAGCUGACGCUAGAGGCGAUGAUGCCGACCGAGCUAGCAAUAGUAUAACAAAUAGUGUAGCAGAAUCAGAUAGUGCCGACGCCGAGUCUGGAUUUGAAGAGGCUGAUCCCGGCGAAGCAGGAAAUAAUGUUAUCAAAAUGGUCUCUAGAUUUGUCGACAAGGUGUGCACGGAAGGCGGCGUGAGUGCUGAACAUGUACGAUGUCUACAUCAAAUGAUUCCUGGAGUAGUUCAUAUGCAUUUAGAAACUUUGGACGCUGUAGCCAGAGAAAGCCGACGAUUGCCACCAGUGCAGAAGGCGCGCAUCGUAGCGCCGGCGAUGGUGGUGGGCGAGGCGGGCGCGGCGCCGGCUCUUCGAGCCGUGCUGGUGGCAGACGGGCGCGCCUCGCCGCUGCUGCCUGCAGAGGGCGCGCUCUUCCUCACCAACUACCGCCUCGUGUUCAAGGGCACGCCCGUCGACCCGUUUGGUGAGUGUUAUAGUGUCGCAGUGUUGCAGUACGGCCGGCCGGUGGCAGACGGGUGCGCCUCGCUGCUGCUGCCCGCAGAGGGCGCGCUCUUCAUCGGCAACUACCGACUCAUGUUCAAGGGCACUCCCGUCGACCCGGUCGGUGAGUUUUGCAGUGUCGCAGUGUUGCAGUACGGCCGGCCGGUGGCAGACGAGCGAGCCUCGCCGCUGCUGCCCGCAGAGGGCGCGCUCUUCCUCACCAACUACCGGCUCGUGUUCAAGGGCACGCCCGGCGACCCGUUUGCAUGCGAGCAGACGGUGGUCCGUUCAUUUCCCUUAUGCGCGUUAACGAGGGAAAAGGCAGUAAGAGCGCACGGGCCCCAGUUGGAACCACUCUCUGAUGGGUUACAGUUGCGAGCCGCUACAUUCCAACUAAUUAAGGUGGUGCUGGACGAGGAGGUGAGCAGCGAGCAGGCGGAGGCGUUCCGCAAGCAGGUGGCGCGGCUGCGGCACCCCGCCUCUGCCGUGCUGCACUUCGCACUGGCGCCGCGCCCCGUGCCGCCGCCCGCGCUACACGCCGCCAAGCACCACACGCUCCGAGGGUUUGCGAAAAAAACAUUGUUAAAAACCGCACGGCGAGCGGGACUGAAGCCGAAGCCGUCCAAAAGGCAGAAGUACGUGCUGCCGUCCGCCGACGCCCGCUCGCUCACGUCGCCGCCGCUCAUGUCCUCGCUGUCUGCCGACACGCUGUCGUGUGAGUUGGAGGAGCUGGAGGUGGGUGGCACGGAUAGCGCGGAGGCUCCAGCCGCGCGCACGCUGGAGCGAGUGCGCGAGCGAGUGUACGCGCGCGACUGGACGCGCCUCGGCCUCGCCGCACCGCCCUUCCGCCUUGCACACGCCAAUGCGCUUUACACGCUCUGCAGGAGUUACCCGGCGGUGGUGGCGGUGCCCGCAGCCGUGGGUGACGAGUCGCUGCGGCGCGUGGCGCGCUGCUACCGGCAGGGCCGCCUGCCCGUGCUCACCUGGCGACAUGCGCGCACGCACGCCACACUCGCGAGGUCUGGUGCGUCACACCAUAAAGGUGUAAUGGGAAUGCUUAAAGGAUCCAGUCAUCAAACACCUAGUGCUACACAGAGUGGUACAGAACCUACCUCAAGUUUGGAACAGGAGCGGUAUCUGGCGGCACUGGUGGCGUGCACGCCGGCGCGCGGCGAGCUGGACGACGCGUCGCUCAGUCUGGAGUCGCUGCUGUUGCCCGACGAGCACGCGCACACGCCGCUGCUCAGCAAGGCGGCCGGCACCCCGCACGCGCACACGCCCACAAGCGCGGCCCCUCAUGAGUGCACCCGCAGUACCUGCACUGUGCCCGACGAGCACGCGCACACGCCGCUGCUCAGCAAGGCGGCCGGCACCCUCGAGGUGCUGGGGCGUAACAGCGGGGGCAAGGGUGGCGUGGCGGCGGCGGGCACUUGCAGCGCGACUGGUGCGGCGGGGGCGGGGAGCGGUGCGGGGGCGGCGGGAGGUGCGGGAGCGGGUGCGCGUCACUUCGGGCGCUGGGGCUCGCUGAAGGACCGGCGCCAGCCCUCGCACCUUGAGCUCUACGUGCCGCGCCAGCGCACCUCCACCGCAGACCUCGACUCCGUGUGCGGCGAUGGCAGCGGCGGCAGCGGCGGUGGGGGCGGUAGCGGGCGGCGCGCCUCGCUGUACGUGGUGACGGACAAGGGCGCGGCGGGCGCCAGCGCGAGCGGCGGGGGCGGGGGCGAGCUGCAGGCUGUGCCUGUGGAGUACCCGGACGCGCGCGCCACCAAGCACGCCUUCAAGAAGCUGCUGCGCGCAGCCGCGCCCUCCUCGCCGCCUGCACCCGACCACCCCGGCUUCCUACGUCUAGUUGAAGAAUCCGGUUGGCUGUGGCAAUUACGGCAGUUAUUCCAACUGUCCGGGGCGGUGGUGGACUUGUUAGACCUGCAAGGUUCCUCUGUGCUGCUCUCGCUUGAGGACGGAUGGGACGUCACCGCACAGAUAUCAUCUCUAGCACAAAUCUGUCUGGAUCCGUACUACCGCACAAUAGACGGCUUCCGAAUUCUAGUAGAAAAGGAAUGGUUGGCCCUCGGCCACAAGUUCCAACAGCGGUCUAACCUGGCCGCCACGCCGCAGCACGGCUUCACGCCGACUUUCCUGAUGUUCCUUGACGCCGUGCAUCAACUGGUGAAGCAGUUCCCGCUGGCGUUCGAGUUCAACGAGUACUACCUGCGGUUCGUGGCGUACCACAGCGUGUCGUGCCGCUUCCGCACGUUCCUGUUCGACAGCGAGGCGCAGCGUGCAGAGCUCGGCCUCACCGCCGCCGACGAGCGCCGCGACACCACGCGACUGGGCGUAGAAACAGGCGCAAGUGAAGACGAGUCCGGCGGGCGGACGGCGACGCACGGCGUGUCUCUGUUCGACUUCGUGGACCGAGUGCACCAGCGCAGCCCGCUCUUCUAUAACUUCCUCUACACGCCAGACUUUGACAAUCCGGUAUUAAGGCCAGUGUCGGCGAUAAACUGUCUAGAAGUGUGGGACUACUACGUAACGGAGGAGCUAUCUCACGGUACACCAUAUGAUCUGGAGCUGUUGCCAUCUGAGCCCGAGCAAAAGCCAUCGCGACGAGUAGUUACGGCAGGGUACGACCACAUAGCGAGCUGGCUGCCGGACGCGUUCAGCGCGCUACUGGAGCGCCUGCGGCAGCGUGAGCUGGAGCUGGGGCACUUACCGCAGAAGUGGCGCGUGCGCUGGGACCAGCUGGACCUGCCCAACACGCUCGAGCUGCAGCGCAACGCGUCAAUGUGCAGCGGCGUGGUGCGGCGCGCGACAUGCGCGGCGCACCGCCGCGGCACGCUGGACGUGUUGCUGCGCGCGCUGGCCGCCGCGCCGCCGCACGCGCACGCACACCCGCACGCGCAUGCGCAGCCCGCGCACCGCUGGGCGCCCGCCGCCGCUGCCGCGCCCGCGCGUUGCGACCACUGCGCCGACCUGCUGUGGGGCCCGCUCGAGACGGGGGUGCGUUGCGUAGACUGUGGUGCGGCUUGCCACGAGCGAUGUGCAGAACCUUUUGCGUUGCCCUGCACCAAGUACAAGGCGCCCCCGCCCGACCGCGAGCGCGACCACCGCACCAACGUGUCCAACAGUGUUGCCACACUUCAGCCUUCAUCGCAACAGUACUACGAGCAGUUCUCAUCUAAUGUGGCGGAGAACCGGACCCACGAGGGCCACCUCUACAAGAGGGGAGCACUACUCAAAGGAUGGAAACAACGAUGGUUCGUUUUGGACUCCAUCAAGCAUCAGCUGAGGUAUUACGACGCGAUGGAGGACUCCCAUUGCAAAGGAUUCAUUGACCUGGCGGAGGUGAUAACAGUGACGCAAGCACCAGCCGCACCCGGCCCGCCCAAGAAAUGCGACGAGCGCUCCUUCUUCGACCUCCGCACGAGUCGACGUACGUACAACUUCUGCGCGAGCGACGCGAACGCUGCGCAGGAGUGGAUCGAGAAGCUGCAGGCUUGUCUGCAGUGA